AUGCCAUCCAAAUGGUUUCGUCUUGUUGAUAAAUAUCCAAAUACCUACAACGAGGUGUUAUUUCUGUCUGGCCCUAUUGUUACGUUAAUUAAUAAUACUGUGGGUGUUGCUGCUUUGGCUAUGCCAUUCUGUUUCCACCAGUGUGGUAUUUUUCUGUCUCUUUUAUUUCUCGGAGUAACGGCUGUGUUUUCAAUUAUGUCCUGCGACGCUUUAAUAUACAUUUGUUCUGCACACCGAAUCCUUCCGUUUGAACAUGCUUGCUUAAAAGCUCUGGGAUACUGGGGAAAAUUUUUGGCCGAAUUAAGCAUAAUCGGCUUACUGUUUGGCUACGUUGUAGGAUAUUUUGUUACUAUCGCGGAUCUCAGCACCGGUGUCUUUACACAGUUGGAUGCAUCUGUACCACCUGAAAGACUACGAACUGUCUUAUUAGUGAUUUUCACAAUCAUGAUUAUCCCGCUGUGUUUGGUUUCACAAGUACAAAAACUUCUCAGGUUGAAUGUUUUCACUAGCCUUUUUUACGGAGUGGUAACCUUUCAUAUGAUAUUUAUUCUGGGUCUACCUCGAUUAAUCUCCAAUAUGCCUUGGGGACAAAUGAAUUGGUGGCGACCGGCUGGUUUAAUUGAAUGUAUUCCCAUAUUUUUGGCUUCAAUGUUUUGUCAAACGCAACUACAUGUCACAUCUACAAGUUCAUAUCAGCCAACGCCUUCUAAUAUGCGAUUAGUUGUUCGUGUGGCUUUAUCUACUGUUGCUGUAGUCUAUGGCUUUUUUGGAUUCUUUGGAUAUGCAGCAUUUUUCAGCGCCAACUACACUGCCAGUAAUCAUCACACUUCUAAGAGGACAGUAUUUUCUGGCAAUGUAUUUCUAAUGUAUCCAGAUGAUUUUCGUAGUUUUUGUAUACGUGUUGGAUUCCUCCUGACAAAUAUUGUCUCUGUCCCAUUGAUUAUAUUCCCAUUACGUCAAUCUGUAUAUAAUCUACUCUGUCAAAAGAAUUUAAGCUCUAUUGACGUUGAAAUGAAUUCACCCCUAUUAUUCAUGCCUGAAGAAAUUCCACGUAGAUACUUUCAAAAGAUAAGUAUAUCAAUACUUCUGCUAUCAUUUCUUCUCAGUUUAACAACAGAUAAAAUUGAGGUGAUUAUUCGUUUGACAACUAGUAUUGCUGGUUCACUGACUGGUUUCAUCCUGCCAGGUUUAGUCCUCUUGGUAGCAACAGCCUCUUUCUCCGCCGCCUCCCCACCGUUAUCGUCGCCGUCGUCGUUGUCACCACUGUCAACGUUGACUUCGUCAUCAUUUAGCGUCGACAGCACACCAGAGCUUUUAACACCACCACCACAAUGA